GGUCCCGCUCGCGCGCGUGCUGAGGAAGUUUGUCCGCUCCUCGCCACCGUCUCUCCCCUGGCGGCCCCGCCCGCCAUAUUGUCCCCGCCGCAGGCCGAACUACUGCAGCCGGAGCGGCGAUGGUUUUAAGGAUUGAAGAAAUAGUCAAACAGUGAGCAGCAGCCAACCUCUCAGGGCAGUCUCCAUACCCUUUGUUGUUAUGGCAGGGGGAAGGCGGGGCCCUAACCGGACAUCCUACUGCCGAAAUCCUCUUUGUGAAACUGGGGCUACUGGGGGUUCUGGACAUUCCACGAGUUCAUCGGUCACUGGUGUGCGCUCACGUACCAGGAGCGGUUCAGGUACAGGCCUCUCCAGCCCUCCUCUGGCAACCCAGACAGUGGUUCCCCUCCGGCACUGUAAGAUCCCAGAGCUGCCUGUGGAGAGGAGUGUCUUGUUUGAACUUCAGCUCUUCUUCUGUCAUCUCAUUGCUCUAUUUGUCCACUACAUCAAUAUCUACAAAACUGUGUGGUGGUACCCACCCUCCCACCCUCCAUCACACACAUCACUGAACUUUCAUCUCAUUGACUUCAACGUGCUGACGGUGACGACAAUCGUCUUAGCGCGCAGGCUGAUCGGUGCCAUUGUGAAGGAGGCUUCACAAAGCGGCAAAGUCUCCCUGCCACGCUCCAUUUUCCUUGUGAUUACUCGGUUUGCGGUCCUCACUGGGACAGGCUGGAGCCUGUGCCGCUCAAUAAUUCACCUCUUCAGAACCUACUCGUUCCUCAAUCUCUUGUUCCUGUGUUACCCGUUCGGCAUGUACAUUCCUUUUCUCCAGCUGAACUGUGACUUUCGGAAGACAGCCCUCUUCUCCCAAGUGGCUAACAUUGGCCCCCGAGAGACAGGGGAAGUGAACUCCAGGGGUAAAGACUAUCUAACAGUUUUAAAGGAGACCUGGAAGCAGCAUACCAGGCAAAUGUAUGGCAUGGAGGCCAUGCCCACCCAUGCGUGCUGCCUCUCUCCAGACCUGAUCCGCAAUGAGGUGGAGUAUUUGAAGAUGGACUUUAACUGGAGGAUGAAAGAGGUGCUGGUGAGCUCCAUGCUCAGUGCCUAUUAUGUGGCCUUUGUGCCUGUGUGGUUUGUGAAGAACACUCAGUACUACGACAAACGGUGGUCAUGUGAGCUGUUCCUGCUGGUGUCCAUCAGUACGUCUGUGAUUCUGAUGCAGCAUCUCUUGCCUGCCCGCUACUGCGACCUCCUCCACAAAGCUGCGGCACACCUGGGCUGCUGGCAGAAGGUCGAUCCUGCCCUAUGCUCCAAUGUGCUACAGCAUCAGUGGACAGAAGAAUGCAUGUGGCCACAGGGGGUGCUGGUGAAACACAGCAAGAACGUGUACAAAGCCAUGGGCCAUUACAAUGUGGCUGUGCCAUCUGAUGUCUCACACUUCCGCUUUCAUUUCUUUUUCAGCAAACCGCUGAGGAUCUUGAACAUUUUAAUUCUGCUGGAAGGAGCUGUCAUCUUCUACCAGCUCUACUCACUGAUCUCGUCAGAGAAGUGGCACCAGACCAUCUCGCUGGCGCUCAUCCUCUUCAGCAAUUAUUACGCCUUCUUCAAGCUGCUGCGUGACCGGCUGGUACUGGGAAAAGCUUACGCAUACUCUGCCAGCAGAGACUCAGAGCAGAAGUUCAAUUAAAUCGCACUGCUGCUCAGCUUGUAUUACGGGAAAAAAACCUUUAAAAAAAAAAAAAACACAAACAACCUCAGAGCUUUGUAUUUUUGUUACCACUGCUUUUUUCUUUGAUAACUGAUGUAAUUAAAAGGAAAAAACAUAUUUUUGUACUCCCAA